AUGUCUUCAUGCACCAGCCCAGAUAUGUCGAAUUCCUAUCUCGACAAAGGUCGUUAUCAUCUCGGCAUGUGCCUUGGAGCCGGCUCCUUUGGCACUGUCUAUCACGCGGUGGACGUCUUGACCCCUCGUCUGUCCCAAACUUAUUUCUGCGGUGGAGGCGACCUCCUUACAGUCAUCGGGGCAGGAGCAUUUAUGUACGACGAGAAACUCAUACGUUCGACGUUUACUCAGAUACUCGACGCCGUCGCUCAUCUGUCACGAUCUCGGCAGAAUAUUCUCUACUCGAUGGAUGGCUUGAAAGUUCUUUUAGCCGAUUUUGGUCUAUCGACAGAGGAUGCAAU